CUGAGAGAGAGAGAGAGAGAGAGAGAGAGAGAGAGAGAGAGAGAGAGAUGACGUAACACUGUGUAUAACUUAAUACUUGUGCUUCGAGGCUUAUCAAACUUUUAAAAUGUUGGGUACACCUAGCAAUCCAGUUCAGAGACAGUUCUACUCAGCUACAGGCCCAGAAUUCCAUCAUGGAAUCUAGCGUACAGCAACUCGUCGAGGAACCAGGAAAGGGUUCGACAUCAUCGCGGUUUUGGAACCAAAGGUCCAAACUGGAAAAGGUUCUUAUGAUGGUUUCGGGUGUUGCCGUGCUUGCGUGCGUCGCCCUGGUGGGGGUGGUGGCUUCUGGUUCGUCAAGUUCCUCUUCGCCAGCGCCAGCGGCAGUGCCUAACCUUCCAGUACAAACUGCUGAACAACUCGCAACAAAUGCUGACUCACUAACUGGAAAACAAGUUCCAGAUAUAAAACAACCAGCAGAAGAACAGAGGUCAAGCAAGAUGUCUCCAGCUCACAAAAAGAAGUCCACACGACUGCCUGUAACUCAAAACGCUGAAUAUGAUAUCUGCAACACCGAGGAAUGCAUUCUUGCUGCUGCAGCCAUUAUUGAAGCUUUGGAUAAAACUACGGACCCUUGCGACAACUUCUACCAGUUUGCCUGUGGAGGGUGGAUGCAAAAGCACCCAGUUCCAGACGUCUCUUCUCGCUGGGGUCAGUUUGAUCUGUUGGACCUAGAAAUGACUAAUGCUUUGAGUGAUAUCUUAACAUCUCCUGUGGUUGCAGAUGAUCCUAAACCCAUUAACCAAGUGAAGGCGAUGUAUGCUGCAUGUAUGGACGAAGGUGAACUUGAAUCUGUUGGUUUAACCCCAUUGACUGACUUCUUGGGACAAUACGGAGGAUGGCCCAUGACCUUAGAGAACUGGAUCGAGACGUCCUUUGACUGGGAGAUUACAGUUGCUGAUGCAAGAGAGUUAUUGGCUGAAGAUUAUUUAAUUAAAGUGUGGGUGUUUGCAGAUCAGAAAAACACUUAUACCACAGCCAUAUACGUAGAUCAAUCUUCCCUUGGGAUGCCACGCUCAGUUCUGACAUCACCUGAGAGCUAUGAAGCAAGAGUCAACGCUUAUAAAGAAUACAUGGCAACUACUGCCUCAAUCAUAGCUAAAUCUUUAGGCAUGGCAGUUGAUGAUGCUGUAAUACAAGAGGAGGUGAAAGCUACCCUCGAGUUUGAAAUGGCACUGGCCAACAUAACAAGUCCAGAUGAAGACAGGAGAGAUUCUGCACGCUUGUACAAUAACAUGACAGUUGAUGAGCUCAAUAAUUUAACAGGUGGAUUCAUUAAAUGGCCAGAAUUACUCUCCUCAAUGUUUUCUACUGCUGGUAUUUCUAUCGACAUAAACCAGAGAGUAAUUGUGCAAGAAGUUGAAUACAUGAAAAAGUUAACAGACCUCAUCAAAGCAACAAGCGCGAGGACUUUGGCGAACUACUUGAUGUGGCGACAUGUCCAGGCCCUUGGAGAUGAAACCAACAAAGCAAUGAGAGAUGCAUCUUUCCACUACCAAAUGAUCACCACCGGCGUCACAGCACAAAAAUCUAGGUCAGAAACGUGUGCAAGUUCGGCGAAUGACUACAUGGGAAUGGCAUUAGGCACUAAAUAUGUUGAGAUGUACUUCUCCCAGCAAGCUAAGGAUGAGGCAAACGAAAUGGUUGAAGAUUUAAGAGCAUCUUUCAAAGACCUAUUAGCUAUUAAUGAGUGGAUGGACGAGGAGACAAAACCAAAGGCUACUGAAAAGGCUGAUGCUAUCAGCAAGUUUAUAGCAUACCCUGACUGGUACACAAAUGCAACGGCACUUGAGUCGUAUUACAGCGGGUUAGACGAUCUCACAAAGACUUCUCACUUCCUCAACAUACUCGCAUUAAGAAACUGGAUGAGCACUGACGAACUAAAUGAUUUUGGAUUGCCCACGAAGCGUGACAGAUGGGAUUUGGCCCCUACAGUCGUCAAUGCUUAUUACAUGCCCGAGUUUAAUUCCAUAACAUUCCCCGCUGGUAUUCUCCAGCCUCCAUUUUACCGCGCGAACUCUCUCCAAGCGCUGAAUUACGGUGGCAUUGGACAGGUCAUAGGUCACGAGAUUACCCAUGGCUUUGAUGACGAAGGACGACAGUAUGACAAAGACGGAAACACCUUCCCAUGGUGGAGCAACGCAACAUCUGAGGCGUUCAAAGCAAAGGCCCAGUGCAUUAUCAAUCAAUAUGGCAACAUCAGCGUACCAGAAGUGGCAGAUUUGUUGCCGAACGCUACACUCAAUGGCGUGAAUACACAGGGUGAAAACAUUGCUGACAACGGGGGUCUCCGAGAGGCCUUCUUAGCUUACCAGAAGUAUGUGGAACGCGUCGGAGAAGAGCCUCGUCUACCUGGCAUCGACCACUUCACUCCACUGCAGCUGUUCUUCCUCUCUAACGCCAACAUCUGGUGUAGCACCAUCACGAAGGAGGGCCUCCUCGACCAAAUCCUUACUGACCCCCAUUCGCCCGCAAAAUACAGAGUGCUACUUCCCAUGAGCAACAUGGAGCAGUUCUCUUCAGUCUGGAACUGUUCGUCCACGGCACCAAUGAAUCCCCCAGAUAAGUGUGUCGUCUGGUAAAAGGCAGUGACACUUCUGUCACUGGAAACAUUUGCUAUGUAACUCGCUUCACAACGCCUCUGCUGCUACUGCAUAACGUAGAGACUCUGAAGCCACAGAUCUGCUACUGGCUCUUCCCACCCUUAUCCCAGAAAUAAGGGCAACAGAGAAAGAGUAAAAAGAGAAAAAACAAGAGAGAGAUUCAACCAUUAUUCAAUAAAUAUUUAACCUA